AUGCAACCAUUGAAUACUAGGAAAAAGGAAAUAAAUUUAAUUGAAGAAACAGAUUCUACAACAGAAACUUCAGGACAAACAACGGACUCAUCAGAUACAGAAUUUGAUUCAAGUGAUCCUUCAUUCCAACAAGAAUUUGCUAAGUUCAAAAGUUUCAUGAAACUUUCUGGUUACGACAAGGUUAUGAGUACAAUAGAACAACAGAACCAAAAAAUCCCAAUUGUUGAGAAAGGGACGAACAAAGUCAAUCAACAGGCACAACAGCUUCACAGUGAUCAACAACAAAACACUGUUGAUUGGGAAAAAAUCAAGCAAGCGGUUGAAAAUGAACAUAAAGUUUAUAAAGCUGCCAUGGCUGAAAUGCAAAAAGAAUUAACGGAAAUGAGUAAACAAUUCAUGGAUUUGAAGAAUAAGUUGUCUUUAGAUGAGAGAUUUGGUAAAAAUUCAACACAAGAGAUAGAUAGACAAUUAAAAAUAUUUUUCAAAAAUUUCGACUUUUCAGAUGACAAGAGGGAUCCACAAGAAUACUUGGAAGUUCCAAGAGCUCACAAAUUAAUUAUUAAUGGUUCAGAUGAUCUUGAAAAACUCGUGAAGUUAAGAAAUAUUCAAGACGAAUUUGUGUUAGCUAAUUAUCCAAGAAAGCUUUGGGGACUUGCUGCUAAGGGUUUUUUAAAAGGAGAUUACGCAGAUAAAUUCAAAAUAGCUAUACGAUAUCCAAGUAACCCUGCUUUAGGCUUUAGAUGGGUCGAUGUUGCUAGAUUCAUUAUUUCCAAUUCUGAUUUAGAAGAUGAUGACGCAAAAAUGCAUAGCAUGUAUUUGCGAAAAUUACCACGUCCCAAUCAAAAAGUCUCAAAAUACAUUAACGAGUAUUUCUGUUAUUAUGAAAUGUCCGUAUAUUUCGCAAAUAAGGAAAUUCUCGGAAAAAGUAUCUUGUUACUGACAUUGAAGACAUACUUUAAAGAUCUACUUGCGGGUAUUGAUAUCGACCCUAAAUUGACCAUGAAUGAAUUUAUUAAUUUGUUGAUUGACAAAUUGAGAGGAAAAAAAUUUCCCUCAACGAUUAUUGAUGACGUUAACAAUCUUACGGGUAAAGAAAGUACUAAAUGA